CAACAGUUUUGGUCCUUGGCUCGAAACUCGAAAUGUAAAAGGGAGAGCUAAAAGCAACUAGUCUGUAACUAGCUCUUGUAGCAUAAAGACAUCUUUAUAUUAGCAGUUUCAGGUAUCUCAAACAAUGGAUGAGACAGAUGGAUGUGAACCAGACCUAGCUCAUCCAAAGGCCAGCAAUAUUUGUGCUAUUGACAAGAAAUCUGUACACAGGAUUUGUUCGGGGCAAGUUGUGCUGACGUUGGCAACUGCUGUCAAGGAGCUGCUGGAAAACAGUAUUGAUGCUGGGGCAACAAUUGUUGACAUCAAGCUCAAAGACUAUGGCAGUGAACAGAUUGAGGUUUCUGACAAUGGCUCUGGCGUACAGGAAUGUAACUUUCAAGGACUCACAUUGAAGCAUCACACAUCGAAACUGCAAGACUUUACAGACCUCAUGAAUGUGGAGACCUUCGGGUUUAGAGGAGAAGCCUUAAGCUCGUUAUGUGCUCUAAGUACCCUCAAUGUAACAACAAGACACAAGUCAGCCAGUGUUGGUACAAGAAUGGAGUUUGACCACAAUGGCAAGAUAACAAAGCAAACAUCCAUGGCUCGACAGAUUGGAACCACUGUCACACUACAGAACCUGUUCUACACACUUCCUGUACGACACAAGGAGUUUCAGCGGAAUGUAAAGAAGGAAUUUAUCAAGAUGGUCCAGGUCCUUAACUCGUACUGCAUCAUCAGCACUGGUGUCCGCAUCACGUGCACCAACCAGACAGCUAAAGGUAAUAGGUCUGUUGUUGUAGCAAGUAAGGGUAACACUGCAAUGAGUGAAAACAUCUCAAAUGUAUUCGGUCCGAAACAGAUGUCCGGUCUAGAAGAGUUUGUACAGAAGUGUCCUGAAGAAGAAACAUGCCAGGAGUUUGGUAUUAAACAAGGAGCAGACAAUAUCUUCAGGGUAGAAGGCUAUGUGUCCAAGUGUGAGCAUGGUUUAGGACGAAGCAGUACAGACCGACAGUUCUUUUUCAUCAAUGGCAGGCCAUUUGAUUCAAUCAAGCUGAGUAAGGUCGUGAAUGAAGUGUACCACCAGUACAACAGACACCAGUACCCAUUUGUGGUCUUCAAAAUCUCAACACAGAAAGACAAUGUGGAUGUAAAUGUGACCCCGGAUAAGAGACAGGUCUUCAUGGAUGGGGAGAAACAUAUUCUCGCCACAGUCAAGUGUUCAUUGGUAGCUAUGUAUGAACCCAGCACGUCCAUACUCCGAAUGCAACAGCCAGCUGGAAUACCAUCUCAGCUUAAAUCUCCUUUGCCAGAAUCUGUUGACCAUAUAGGGCUGUCAAGACACCAGAGUCUGGAAAAGCCAAGCGGUCUUUCCUCCCUGCAAAAGUUGAAAAGGUCGUUCAGUAGUGCGUUUUCCAAGGGGGAUAACUCCCCUCAGGCCUCCCCUCGCAGUGGAACACAGCCCAGUAAACAGAGGAAGCUGGAUGCCUUUGUUUCAUCAUGGAGUCCAGCAAAGAGAAAUAAAGACACUUCACUGCACAAACUCUCUUCUCCAUCAAAAGACAUUGCAGGGGAGGGUAAGAACUUUGAAUUUGUAGAGGAAAGAAUUCAUGAGAGAUCUGAGAGUUUUAUCAUUGACAAGAAUUGUGAUAGUGACAGAGACACUAUGAAUGAAAUGACGGAAAAUAUUGACAAUUGUAAGCGUUUGUCUUCAGAAUAUCAGUUAAUAAAUUGCGAUGAGAGUAAAAAAGAUUGCAGUAUUAUUGAAGAAACUCGUAAACAUCUUAAUACUGAUACACAAAAAGAAUGUGAUACAACAGAAUCGUGUUCCAGUCAAUCAAUUAAAAUAGUUCAUCACGGUGUCAACUCUCAGGCAGUUGAGGUUAGUGAGUGUAAAUCAAACCAACAAAGUAUCGAUGCUGAUUCAGACCACCAUGAAAGUCUUUAUCAUUACCAGACAUCAGAGUGCUCAUCACUCAGUGAAAAAAUCAGCUCAGAAAGAGACAGUACACCCCAACAGUAUGAAGAGAGUUUAACCAACAUUGAUAAACAUGAAGCUGCAUACAAAAAUCAGUCAGAGUUUGAUGAAGGGCAUGAAAACAUGAAGACAGAGGAGAUUCCAAAAAUCGACUGCACUGUGGAUGCCUGCCAUAUUGUUGACUCCGAGGAAGAUUUUAAAAAGGCAGAAAAGCCAAUCCAGUUUUCUAUGGAAAACCUAAGGGACAGAUGGAGAAGAAAAGCAAAAAACAAAGAAGAUGGUAACAAGUUUUCUAGAGCUUUUCGUGCAACCAUCAACCCAGCCGAAAACAGUACUGCUGAGCAGGAAUUGCAGAGAGAAAUCAAAAAAGACAUGUUCUCUCAGAUGGAGAUCCUAGGGCAGUUUAAUCUUGGCUUCAUCAUUGCCAAGUUUGAGCGAGAUCUGUUCAUUGUUGACCAGCAUGCUACAGAUGAGAAGUACAACUUUGAGACAUUGCAGAGGGACUAUGUUAUACAAAGCCAGAAACUCAUAUGCCCUAUGAAUCUAGAACUGACAGCAAGCAAUGAAACGAUACUAAUGGACAACCUUGAUGUGUUCAGAAAGAAUGGCUUUGAGUUCCAAAUAGAUGAAAAUGGUCCUCCGAUGCAGCGAGUAAAGCUGGCGUCUACCCCCGUUAGCAAGAACUGGAAUUUUGGAAAGGAGGAUAUAGAGGAGAUGAUCUUUAUGCUGACAGACUCCCCUGGUGUUUUGUGUCGACCAUCCAGAGUGCGAGCCAUGUUUGCCUCUCGUUCGUGCCGGAAGUCUGUCAUGAUUGGAACCUACCUCAACAAGCCAGAAAUGAAAAAGCUGUUGUCUCAUAUGGGAGAAAUAGAUCAACCAUGGAACUGCCCCCAUGGUAGACCAACGAUGAGACAUUUAAUCAACCUAGACAUGCUUCCUACUUGACAAUGAUGAUAAAUUUAAUUAAACUGGACAUGCUUCCUACUUGACAAUGAGGAGCCAUGUAAUCAACUUAAAUACCCCUUCUGAGACAUUUACCGUCCCACUUGACAAUGAUGAGACAUUUAAUCAACCUAGACAUGCUUCCUACUUGAAAAUGAUGAUAAAUUUAAUUAAACUGGACAUGCUUCCUACUUGACAAUGAGGAGCCAUGUAAUCAACUUAAAUACGCCUUCUGAGACAUUUACCGUCCCACUUGACAAUGAUGAGACAUUUGAUAAACCUAGACAUGCUUCCUACUUGCUAGUCCCAUCAUAACAUCUCAAUUGUGCAGAUUGUGUGUUUGCCUUCCAGUAGGAGACAUGUCAUAUUGUGCAAACUCACUUGCAAGGAGCAGACCUCUCAUAUUUAGACUCGCAGGUUUGCCUGCAGGUAUGGAAACCAUACUAUGUGCAGACUCGCAGGUUUGCCUGUUUGAAGCAGACAUCAAAUUAUGUGUAGACUCACAAGUUUGCCUGCAGGUAUGGAAACCAUACUAUGUGCAGACUCGCAGGUUUGCCUGUUUGAAGCAGACAUCAAAUUAUGUGCAGACUUGUACUCGCUUGCCUGCAAGUACUGACACCAUAUUAUGUGCAGACUUGCAAGUUUGCCUGUAAGUACUGACACCAUAUUAUGUGCAAACUGGCUUGCCUGCAAGUAACGACACCAUAUUUUGUGCAAACUCGCUUGCCUGCAAUUAUGGACACAAUAUUAUGUGCAAACUUGCUUGCCUGCAAGUACCGACACCAUAUUAUGUGCAAACUCGCUUGCCUGCAAGUACCGACACCAUAUUAUGUGCAAACUUGCUUGCCUGCAAGUACCGACAUCAUAUUAUGUGCAAACUUGCUUGCCUGCAAGUACCGACACCAUACUUUGUGCAAACUCGCAAGUUUGCUGCCUGCAAGUACCAACAUCAUACUAUGUGCAGACUCCCAAGUUUGCUGCCUGCAAGUACCAACAUCAUACUAUGUGCAGACUCGCAAGUUUGCUGCCUGCAAGUACCAACAUCAUACUAUGUGCAGACUCCCAAGUUUGCAUGUUUGUCUGUUAUUGACUAUCCAAGGUUGACGCAGAGGUUUUUGUCUGCUAUGGAUGAUUGACACUGGAAAUAAAUUAUCAAUGCCUAUCACAGCAAGAACAGUUGUAUAGGAUCCUUGUAUGUCUCCUUUUCAAUUUACAAGGUUAGACAUACUGUUUUUGUCAGUAUUCUUAUUCUUCUUCAACCGAUUUUGUCCAAAGUGGAACUUGGGAACUACUGGAAGGAAAUGAUUGAAACUUAGAAGAUAGAUGGCAAUAUAAAGCUAUGCCAUUGCAAGAAAUAUAACACUGGUGCAGUUUUUCAAUUUUUAAAACAAUACUACCACAUUGUGUUCAUGAAAAUGAUGUAUUUGUUGGUAAAUAAAAUGCCACAAAAUGUGUUCAUA